AUGCAUCUACAACUAGCUUCUAUUUAUAUAACGGCUGCUCUGCCGGUCAUUCACGCCGCUCUGAACCCUAGCUGUGCUCCUGGGGGAAAUUUUGAUCUAAGCCCAUGGGAAUUGCAACUUCCAAUUGGCUCCACCGGCUCUCCUGAGACCAUAUCGUCGAGCAGCCUGCAAGGCUGCAGUGGUUAUCAAGAUUCUGGCCAUCAAUACUUCUUCACCGAGAGCGGAGAUGGUGCUCUCGUCAUGAAAGUUCCUGGUGGGACAUCAACGGGAUGCGUGACAACACCAAACAGUAAACACUGUCGUACUGAGCUCCGCGAAGUCGAUCCAUCUACCGGCUCGCCAACUAGUUGGGAUCCCAACGCAGGGACAAACCGACUGAGUGCAACCCUUAUCGUGCCGGAACCAGAUAACAGCGGCCACGGAACAGUCAUUGGGCAAGUGCAUAUCGAUGACAGUGUCUCCUCCAAACCUGUCUGCGAAUUGUACUACAAUUCUAGUGGCGACAUUGUUAUGGGGGUAGAGCAGACCCGUUCAGGCGGCAAUGAGAAGUUUACUACUAUCGGAAAUGUCCCCGUUGGAACCCAGUUCUCAUACGAGCUUUCGUAUGAGAGUAAUGUGUUGAGUGUUAGUCUCAAUGGUGGCUCGCAACAGACUUUGUCGACAUAUUCCCUAGAUGCUCCGACCAGUUAUUUCAAGGUUGGAAAUUAUAACCAGGGGACAAGCCCGUCUGAUAUCCACUUUUUUGCCAUCAGCGUGCAGCACUAA